UACUCUAUGACGACAUCAAGAUAGUAGGUACUUAUUAAAUCUCAUGAUAGCCGAGCGGCAUCAAUCAGUUGUUCCUUGAAAGCCCCAAGACGUUGUAGUGUCUACAUAUUGACGCAACCGGCAUCAACCCAACUGAAAUACGAAGCAGGUCACAAAAUUAAAUAACAACAUGGAACAGAACCAGAAGCCUAUUUUCGAUUAUCAUGAAGAGACCCACGCUGAGAAAUUGGCUCGUAAAUCAAAGGAAUCUCCGUUCAUGAUUAUCGGAUUGGGCGCCCUCGCUGCAUCUGUCGGCUACGGCAUAUAUUCCUACAAAAACCGUGGUCAGAUGAGCACCAGCGUAUUCCUAAUGAAGUUCCGUGUAAUCGCACAAGGCGCCACUGUGGCGGCCCUUACAGCAGGCAUGGCAUACACUCUCUACAGGAACAACUUCGAUAAGAAAGAAGUUAUUUCACCCAACGUCUUAUCGAAAAAUGAGCACUGAAAGAAAAAGUUAAUAAGAAUCGUUUUACGACCACUUCAAGCACUAAAGUCAAAUAGAACAGAAUCUAAUAGAUCUUAAGAUUAGAUUUAAGGUGGAAUGUCACGGUUUCAUUCAGUUUGACAAUAGAUGACGCGAUUGUUCUAAUUUGAUGACCUUUUUAUGUCAUUUAAAAUAACCAUAUUUUAUUAUAUCUUUUACAUUUAGACCGUAAUUUUUCCACUUUUUAUUAUUUUAGGAAACUAAUGAAAAUUAUUUAUUUAAAUUAAGUAUUUAUAAUUUAGUCGUACUAUUUAACAGCGACUCAUCGCAAUUUGCGCGAAGUGCAAUCUUAUGUAGGCUACACAAUGAUUACCUACAAUUUGUAUGAAAUUAAAAAUGAAUUUGUUAUUAUAUUAUUUUAUAUUAUUCAUUUGACUACUAAAAUACUUCUUCUUCUUCUUC